AUGUUCUCAUAAAAGACUUUUGUUACUUUGCAAAUGGUUUAGUAAGCUCUAUUUGGCUCAAGAAACCCAGAUGAGCUUAAUCCAAUCUUUUUUGAUAAUCUAUAAGAAACAAGUGAUAAGCAGAAGAAGAGAUCAUCAGUCUAAGAGUUCUUUUAGGCAUUUGGGUUACUUAAAGAGAGUUAGAUUGGUGAUUUAAUUAGCUAAACUAGAUCAUCUGAAGAAGAAUAAACGAUUGAAUAGAUUUUAUAGGAUGAAGAGCUGGAUUAUUACUUAGAUUAAAGUUUAGGUGAAGAAGAUUUUGUUCAUAAGGAAUUUAAGAAAUUUGAUAUUAGAGUUGGGCAUUAUGAAUCGAAUUAGGAAUUAAAAAAGUUAGAAAAGAUAAAUAGAAUUAUUGAAAAAAGAUUAAAUAAUAAUUGCAUCAAGCACUACGGAAAUAUUGCCAAAGGAUUAAAAAAUAUAGAGUCGUUAGGCGAUGAUAAUCUAGUUAGUUUAGCGAAGAUUCAAGUCAUAAGAAAUAUUUUGUAGUCGGCUAAAAAUUAAGUAACAUCAAAUUCAAUUAAGGUGAUUAGACUGAAGAAGUAAUCAACAAAUGCAAAAUGCAUUUUAUAAAAGCUUUUGGAUAUCUAAAGUUUGGUAGGACAGAGAUUUAAUUAGAUUUCGCAAAUAGUUGUCAAGAAGGAUGAGUUUUAGUUUUUAAAGUGCGACUAAGUUUAUAAAAAUUUAAUUGAAAUAAAAGAUUUGGUUAGUAAAUAUCGAGAUGAUUAAUUUAAGGAAAUUAAGGCAUUUAAGAAUAUCGAGUCUAUGGUUUAGCAAAAACAAAAAAUAUUGGCUGAAAUAGUUAUUAAAAAUUGGAUUUUAAUCCAUAAACAAUAUGACGAACAGCAUCUGUACAACAAUCUUCUUUCUUAGUUUAUUUUAGAGUAAAAAAAAGAAAUUGUAUUACUUGAAACUCUAAAGUCUAAUAUUCUCAUUUAGAUAUCAGACGAAAUCAUUCAAGAGGCAGUCUAAAAAUUCGUUUUGCUAGAAAACUACGAUGAAGAAAAUAUCAUUUUUGUUUUGAAUUACAUUCCUAAGGAAAACUUUUUACCAUUUCUGGAAGAAAUAUUCUCAAAGUUUACAAAGCUUAUGGUUAACUAUCACUAUAUCAGCAGGUGGUUUGUAAAAAACGACUCUAAUGAGAGCAAUCUUAUUCUCUCAACUGACUGGUCGCAAAAAUUGUACGAUGAUCCUAGUGUUUCUCCAGAGCAGCAAGUUGAUAUAUUUUUAGAUUACGUACAAAAAAACAAAAUAAUUUAUUUAUAAGACAGAAAGAUGCUUUGGUAAACAAUAGAACAUAAAGUUAGGCAGAUUAUAAACAACACUUAUUAAAUUAAUUCUUUUUCUGAAACUGAGCUCAUAACCUUCUUGAAACUAAUUAGUGAUUUUAUAGGAACUGGUAUAUAGUAUUCAAACUCAGAGUCUGAGAACAUAAGGCAAUGCGUCAACUUGAAGAUUGUUAGCUAUUACUAAUACUUUAUUAUUAAUUUUUAAAAAACUAUCUAAAAAUGUCUAAGUGAAGAAAAGUGGGAAUAAGUUUAGCAAUUAAAUUAUAAUUAAAUUUUAAGUGAUUUAAAUUCAAUAAUCAAUUCACCUUUACAAAGAGAGUUCAUUAAUUCUAUUUAAUAUAUUCUUCCUGAACUUAAAGUAGAAAAUAUUGAGUCUUAUUCUCCUAUAAAUAAUGCUAGAUAUAUUUAAUAAAGUACUCCUAAUAUUAGAAAAUCCUCUUUAACUCACAUUGAUUCUAAUAACCCAGAAUCUUCUGACACUCCUCAUUUAUUAAGCUCACCUGAGAUCUAAAAUAAAAAUAAAGAACUUAAUUCUUCUGAAUUCGCUGUAAUUUAAAAAACUGAGCUUAAGUUAUAAAAGUGUCUUAGUGAAUCAGCUCAGAAUACACCUAUGAGAGAUAGUUUAACUAAGAAAGAUAACAUAACUACUUUAGACGAUUAGUUUAUAAACUAAAUAAAGUUUUAGUCAUAGAGCACAAUAAGAAUGACUUAAGGUAUAAUGAACUGCUUGAGAUUGAUUAAAAUACUGUGGCCUGUGUAACUUCAAAUUUAUGAAGCAAUGAAAGAAAUUAUUGACUAUUAUAUUUAUAGCUUGUUUUAUCUUCUGUGCAAUAAAUCUUUCAAAGAAAAGUUUAUAAGGAAGUUCAAGCUUGAGCAUAUGAAUGCUAAUAAUGAAAGUCUUAUCGAAACUCAUGAAAAUAAUAUGGAUUUUAUUAUGGAAUAAUACUUAAUUUAAAAAAAAUAUUAGAAAUCUAGAGAUUUUAUUAUUCAAUAGUACAGCAAAUUUGGAGAUAACACAAUUGUCAUUCCCUAGAACUAUUAAAACAUAGAUCCUAACCAAAAAAUUUUAGAUGAUUAAAAUCAAAAAAGAUCUUUUUCAUUAUUCGAAGGAUUAGAUUUUUAGCUCCCAGAAAUUAGCUAAGGAGAAGCAUAUAACAAUCUAUUAAGCUCAAGAAUAAUUUCUAACUAAUCUUUUUUAUCACUUAUUUCCUUACUAGAAAAAAUAAAACCAUUUCUAAAAAUUUACUUAAAGAAAAAUGCUGAUUUAAUAGAGGAACAUUUUUAAAUUUAUGAAUAAAUAAAAUUUGAAUUUGUAGAAGCAUGUUACCAGAGUUUCAUACCUAACUACACUUUAAGCUAGUUAAAUAUGGAAAAUAUAUUAAAUAAUGUAAAAUGGGAUGUCAAAGAACUUUCAAAAGAUAUUAAGCCAAAUGCAUAUGUUGCUAACUUUAAAGUUUUCUUAUAAAAAAAUUAUGAAUGUAUAAAUAAAACAUUUUAAGAAGAUCAACUAGAGAAAAAAUAAGCCCUUUAUAAAAUUUUAGUUUAUUACUUUUUCUAGUCGGUGAUUGAAAUCUAUUCAAAGAUAAAAUAAAUAACUACAUAAUCGAGAGGUUAACUUUUGGUUGACAUCAAAUAAAUUUUGUUAGAAACAGAAGAACUUUUGGUCUGGGAUACAAAGCAAUAUAAGUAGUAUCUAGAAAAUUAUUUAGAGUUGUUGCAGUUUUGCAACUCUGAUGACAUACAUACAUUUAUAGUUAAAUAUAGGGAAAGAUAUCCUUACAGGUGUCUUAAAAGCUUGUUUAUUUUAUCUGAAGCAGGAGUAACUUCUAGUAAAAAAAAGAAAUUAGAAAAUCAAAUGUAAAUGCUUAAAAAUUAUUAAUUGUUCUUAAGAGAUAUAAAGUGA